GCUGAGACUGGAGGAAGAUGGUUCAAGAUGCUCCCUCCAGCUCUAGGUUGUAUUGCUCCAGGAAGCCCCCAAGUGCUCCGUGAGCCUCUGCUUAACCCUCACUGAAACAGGCUACCCAUUCUUCCCUCUGGGCCAACACGAUGGAAGAUGAGACUGAGGACUAUGAGAACUACGAGAAUUACUACUAUACAGAAGCAAAUCAGGACACCAACCUCCAGCAGGAGCUCUCGGAGGAAUUUAGCUGGAUGGAGACAUCUUUAGGCGACUUCGAUUACAGGAGAGACUCAUGCUACUCCAGCCCCUGCAAGAAUGGUGGUACGUGUGAAGCCAAGGGAAGUGACUUCAGCUGUCACUGCCCCAAGCCAUAUGGUGGGACUACAUGUGAAAAAGUGGAGGACAUGUGUCUGGAGAAGAACUGCCACUUUGGGGACUGCCUGAUUACAUUAACCCCACCUUAUUUUAAGUGCAGCUGCAAGCCUCCCUACAGAAGACCCUCCUGCCGGCGUGCAUUCAAACAGUGCAGCCCAAACCCUUGCAAAAAUGGAGGCACCUGCAUACGGAACAGAUACAGAUCAAAAUUCACCUGCAAGUGCCCUGAACCUUUCAGAGGGAGAUUCUGCGAGAUCGGACCAAAUGAUUGUUAUGAAGAGGACUCCUCUACUUACAGAGGUAGAGUGAACCAAGCAGAAAAUGGCAGGACCUGCCUGCACUGGAAUUCCCACCAUCUCUUGGACCAUCCUUUUAAUGCCUUUAUGGAGGAUGCUGACACACAUGGCAUUGGUGAACACAACUUCUGCAGGAAUCCUGAUGAGGAUGAAAAACCCUGGUGCUACAUCAGGAAAAAUAAUGAAGUGGAUUGGGAAUACUGUGAUGUUUCACUCUGCGCAGCUGAAGAGACCCCAACAGAACCCCCUACAGACCCCCCUGAAGUAUUCCAAACAUGUGGACAACCAGAAGUUCGUAGGACACUCAAGAAGAUCUAUGGUGGAUCCAAGGCUACACCUGGAAAACAUCCCUGGAUGGCAUCUCUGCAGAUACAGACUCCAGAUGGGAAUAAACAUUUCUGUGGUGGAGUGCUAAUUAAAUCAUGCUGGGUUCUUACUGCUGCACACUGCCUUGAAAACCUAGAAACAAAGAUCCAAGUAGCCCUUGGCAAGCAAAACCUCAAGAGGAAAGAGGACCAUGAGCAAAUAUUUGAUGCAGUGGAAGUAAUUUUACAUGGCAAAUACAGAGAGGAGGCGGGUCGUGCCCUAUACAAUGAUAUUGCACUGCUUAAACUGCAGCCUGUUGAUGGUUACUGUGCAGUGGAAACAAAGUAUGUGAAAAUAGCAUGUCUCCCAGACUUCUUCCUUCCUGCUGGGACUUCCUGCUUCAUUGCUGGAUGGGGUGACACAGAGACAGGUGACCCAUCCAAUCAGCUGUUAGAUGCCAAUGUCAGACUGAUUUCACAGAGGAAAUGCAAUGAACCCAAGUUACAUCAAGACAAACUGGAUGAUAGCAUGUUUUGUGCAGGACGUCUUCGGAAACCCGGAAUCGAUUCUUGUCAGGGAGACUCUGGAGGUCCACUGACUUGUGUAGCAAAUGGCUCCUACUACGCUUAUGGCCUUGUGAGCUGGGGAGAGGGAUGUGGGUUAAAAAACAAGCCAGGAGUUUAUACCCAGGUGACAAAAUUUGCCAGUUGGAUUAAUGCUGUAAUUCAGUAUUCAUCAAGGUCGCGUCAGUAGGAGAAAGCUUUGG